AUGUCUCAAAUUAGACAUUGUAGAAUAUGCAAUAAUGCUCAUAAAUUCAAAAUUAAAGGUCUUUUGUCUUAUCCUAAACACUUUCCAGACAAAAGUAUCCACAAAUACUAUUAAAGAUUAAUGAAAAAGUUUGAGGAACAUAACAUCUAAUAAGUUCCAUUUUCAGAUGAUCAUAUAUGCUACAAUAUAGAAAAUGACAUUUGUGAACAUUGCUGGUUGUUUAUGCAUCAAGGAUUCUAAUGUUCAAAAUGUUAAAUCUACAUACAUAAUAAUGAUAAGGAAUCUAAGAUUUGUACCUUGUGCAAUGCAUAAUAUUGCAUAUAUUGUGAAAACCCUUUGGAAUUAUUCUCCCAAAAUAAAUUAUGUCAAACCUGUGAAUAAAAUAAGAAUGAAUCAUUUGGAACACCUAGCUUUCUAAUUUCCUUUUUUAUAUCUUUAUUAAUUCCUUGCUUUGCAUGUAGUUUCUUUUUAAAAAAAAUGAUUAAAACAAUAGAAAGAUUUCAAUACUCUACUUACUAAUACACUUUUGCCAUUAUAACCUUUUUAAUAAUAUUCCCAUUCAUUUACAUAAUAUCAAUUAUUGGUUUCUUGGCAUUAUUGAUCUUCAAGCUAUCUAUAUGUAUACUUGAUUUUUUGCAAAGCUCAAAAACAGUUAGAAUGAUCUCAAAAUAUCUAUGUGUUUAUAAAUCAAAAUGA